CCCGAUAAUUUUUCUGCCACGAUUACACAAUCAUUAAAAGCAGCAGCAGGGUGUUGUCACUGGAUUUAUAUCUUGACAAUAGCACUCCUCCACGUUCACAUUCGGUAUCUAACGACACGGAACGUCACUUAGUUAUUUUCGAUAAAUCAACAGCAACCACAACAUGGCCCAAAGCGAGAAUCAAGUCCGAGUUUGGGUUGAUGGAUGUUUUGACAUGGUACAUUUUGGUCACGCCAAUGCAAUCCGACAGGCUAAGCAAAUGGGAGACUAUUUGAUUGUUGGUGUUCACUCUGAUGAGGAAAUUGCUAAUCACAAGGGCCCUCCAGUAUUUAAUGAAAAAGAGCGUUACAAAAUGGUCCGAGCCAUCAAAUGGGUUGAUGAAGUUAUUGAGAAUGCUCCUUAUGUCACUACACUUGAGUCACUGGACAAAUAUAACUGCGACUUCUGUGUCCAUGGAGAUGACAUCACUACAACUGUGGAUGGCACAGAUACAUACCACUUAGUAAAAAAGGCCAACCGUUACAAAGAAUGUAAACGAACAGAAGGUGUGUCAACAACAGAUAUUGUAGGCAGAAUGCUACUAGUGACCCGAACACAUCAUCGAGGUCCUGAGGAGCUCAACAAAGACCAAGUAGGUGCUAUUAGUCAGGAUCACAGUACAAAGAGUCCAUGGACUGGAGUGGCCCAAUUUCUACCAACAACAAACAAAAUUAUUCAAUUUGCCGAAGGGAAAGAACCUUCUCCUGGAGACAAAAUUGUCUAUGUGGCUGGAGCAUUUGAUCUUUUUCAUGUUGGUCAUUGUGAUUUCCUAGAAAAAGCAGCUGCAGAAGGUGACUUUGUGAUAGUUGGACUACAUUCAGAUCAGGUUGUCAACCACUACAGAGGAGCAAACAAUCCUAUAAUGAACCUCCAUGAGAGAGUACUCAGUGUGCUGGCCUGUCGAUAUGUAUCUGAAGUUGUCAUUGGAGCACCAUAUGAAGUAACAUCAGAACUUAUGGAUCAUUUCAAGGUUGAUCUUGUUUGCCAUGGGAAAACUCCAAUUAUGCCUACUGAAGAUGGAUCAGAUCCUUAUGCAGUACCCAAAGAAAGGAAAAAAUUCAAAAUGCUUGACAGUGGAAAUGAUUUGACUACACAGAAAAUUGUUGAACGUAUUAUAAGAAACAGGUAAUGAAAAAUAAAUAAAA